GCUUCUUUAGUGGCUGCACUAAUGGGUGAGUAUGCUGUGAAACAUUUAUGUAAAGAGCCAUGUAGAACUAGUGAGCUAACAGGGCAUGCAUGGGUGAAAGAAGUAUUGCAAGGAAAUCCCACUCGUUGUUAUGAGAUGUUUCGAAUGGAAAAACAUAUUUUUCAUAAACUUUGCACUAAAUUAGUUGAUCAUGGUUUAAAGCCCACUAAUCACAUAGGGGUAGAAGAGAUGGUUGCAAUGUUCUUACUUGUUGUUGGACAUGGAGUGGGUAAUAGAAUGAUUCAAGAAAGGUUCCAACACUUAGGAGAAACUGUGAGUAGACGUUUUCAUGAUGUGUUAGUUGCUUGCUUGAGUUUGUCCAUCGAAUAUAUAAAGCCUCAAGAUCCUUUGUUCCGUGAUAGUCAUGCAAAAAUUCAAAGUGAUCCACGGUAUUGACCAUAUUUUAAGAAUGCCAUAGGAGCAAUCGAUGGUACGCAUAUUCCCUGUGUGGUUAGUGCCAAUGACCAAACUAGAUUUAUUGGACGAAAGGGAUAUCCGACACAAAAUGUAAUGGCUGUAUGUGAUUGGAACAUGUGCUUUACUUUUGUUUUAGCCGGAUGGGAAGGUACUGCCCAUGAUGCUCGUGUUUUUGACCAUGCUCUCACAAAUGCAAAUCUAAAUUUUCCACAUCCUCCUCCAGGUAUGUAUUAUUUGGUGGAUGCCGGUUAUCCAACACCGAUGGGAUAUCUUGGUCCAUACAGAUGUGAACGUUAUCACCUCCCUGAUUUUCGGCGUUCUCAUGGGUUUGAAAAUAACAACGAGGUAUUCAAUUAUUAUCACUCAAGUUUAAGGUGCACAAUAGAAAGAACUUUUGGUGUAUGGAAGAAUAGAUUUGCAAUUCUACGACGCAUGCCUAAAUUCACAAUUAAGACACAAGUUGAAGUUGUUGUUGCAACAAUGGCUAUACAUAACUUUAUUAGAAGGAAUGCUGAUAUGGACGUCGAUUUCAAUCGGUAUGAGGAUGAAGACAUAACCCUUGAUCAUGAUGAUUAUCGUAGACUAGUUAAUUUGGAUUUAUCUCAAAAUUUAAAUAUAGCUUCCUCAUCUGAGAUGAAUCAUGUUCGAAACUCGGUUCGAGAUCAAAUUAUAAAGUUCAACAAAAAUCAUUAGUAUUGUAGUAAUGUUUAAUUUUAAAAGACCAUCAGAGAUGAGAUAACAGGAUGCAUUGAGAAGGCAUAUGACUAUCUUGCAAAGAAACACCCUCUCUGCAACUCAUCAACCAAACACUUAGUUAUGCUAGGGAGAUGGAGAGGAUUGUCUCAAAAGAAAUGGAUGCAAUGAAUUUUGUGUUUUCCAAGAUUGCUAAUAUUGUCUGAUGAAAUUGUUUACUUCUGAUUCAAUGUGGAACUCUGAAAUGAUUCUAUCUCUUUAUUAUGUUCAUCUAGGUGUUGU